CGGAUGGCGUGUUAUGAUGUGCGCAUGUGUGGUGGAGCUAGUCAGUCCUGGCUUACCUCGGAUACUCGUGAGGGGGGUUUAUUCGGUUUAAAAGCUCUUUGACCGUCUUCUGUUGGUUUACAAUGUCCAUACCGAAGUUUCAAGUAGAGUGGGACGAAACUGACCAGGAAUAUCAACAAUUACAGGAGACACACAAAGUGUACAAACAAAAACUCGAAGAGCUCACCAAUCUUCAGGCCACCUGCAGCAGCGCCAUCAGUAAACAGAGAAAAUGCUUUGAAAGUGCUAAGCCUCAGCUUGAAGAAGUAAGUGUGUCAUGUGAUGAGAAAGAUUUAACAACUAAUAACAGACAUCCAACACAAAUCAAAGAAAAAGAAAAUGUCUUCUUUGAUAUGGAAGCAUUUUUGCCAAAGAAGAACGGGUUGUAUCUGAACUUGGUCCUGGGCAAUGUAAAUGUAACACUGCUGAAUAACCAGGCAAAAUUUGCCUACAAAGAUGAGUAUGAGAAAUUCAAGCUGUAUAUGACAAUAAUCCUGAUGUUUGGAGCCAUAUCCUGCUUAUUCUUUCUUAAUUUUCGUGUCACAGAUGAAAUCUUCAAUUUUUUGCUGGUGUGGUACUACUGUACAUUGACCAUCAGGGAAAGCAUCCUCAUGAGCAACGGCUCCAGGAUUAAAGGGUGGUGGGUGUUGCAUCAUUAUGUGUCCACAUUCCUGUCGGGUGUUAUGCUUACUUGGUGAAGGGGACCUAUGUAUCAGAUGUUCAGGAGUCCGUUCCUUGCUUUCUCAAUAUAUCAGAGCUUUGUCCAGUUCCUUCAGUAUUACUACCAGAGUGGAUGCUUAUACAGGCUGCGAGCUUUAGGAGAGAGAAAUCAGCUGGAUCUCACAGUGGAGGGAUUUCAGUCGUGGAUGUGGAGAGGCCUCACUUUUCUUCUGCCAUUCCUCUUUUGUGGCCAUUUUUGGCAACUGUACAACUCUGUAACCCUGUUUCGUUUGGCAAGUCAUGAGGAUUGUAAGGAAUGGCAGGUAUUUAUGCUGGCACUGACAUUUCUUGUCUUAUUCCUGGGAAACUUCCUCACCACACUGAAGGUUGUCCACCAAAAAUGUCAGAAAAAUAAGGAAAAAAAUGCAGAAGAAAAACUGAGGAGAAUCUUUGUCCCUCCAGUCCUCGAAACAGCUGCUCAUUUGUGAAGCAAAACACGCAUUCACUCUGUAGACUGACGGCAGUGUGGUCGGACCAUAAGAAGCUGAAACCGGUUUGUUCUCAGGCUUUUGCUUUCUAAUGACUUCUUGUUGUUCUUGCUGCACAGUCACAACACAACCUGGGAUACACCUGAAGAAAAAAACA